AUGUUUAUUAUUGAUAUCUCAGCUGGAUGUUUAAAAGCUGAAUUUGAUUCAACAUAUCCAAUUCAUCUAAAUGGAGGAAUAGCAAGAAUUAAUUCUCAUAAUUAUGGAUUUCCUGUAUUAAUUGGUGUAGGAAUUGCUUUGACUGCUAUAGGAAGCGUGUUUUUCACUUUUAGAUGUUUUAUAACACAAUAUCGACGUGUAGCACACAUGCAACAAGCAAUUGCUGAAGAAUCAAUGAAAUAUUCAUCAAGAUUACCAAUACCACGUAGUUGGACAUUAGAUACUUCAAGAGUUUGGUUUCAAGGAUAUGGAUAUCGUCAUAAUAAUCAACUUGUUUAUCAUUUAUUCAUUGAUAUUGGUCAUUCUGUUGCUCCAGGAAGUGUAUUAUAUCAAUUGAAUCAAGUUGCUCCUGAUCCAGCAUCGAUUUAUGAACGAUGA